GGGAUAGCCCUCUCCGGGGGUUUCGGGCCGUGUGCACACCGGACACCUAUUUAGGCGGGGUACGCCCUCCACGAGCAAAUUCCUUUGUCGCACUGCUGGUGUCGGAGCGCAACAAGUGGUCCCUCUGCUGCCCCGAAUUCCAGAUACCGCCAUGACCGGAGGAGGACUGCUGGAACGUCUCGACAAGGGCGUCGUGAUCGGCGAUGGCGGCUUCGUGUUCGCGCUGGAGAAAAGGGGCUACGUCCAGGCCGGCCCCUGGACCCCCGAAGCGAGCAUCGAGCACCCGGAGGCCGUCCGCCAACUUCACCGAGAGUUCCUGCGCGCGGGAUCGGACGUGAUGCAGGCGUUCACCUUCUACGCUAGUGACGACAAGCUCAUCAACCGUGGCAACCUGGCCGGCCAGCACUACACGGGGGUUGACAUCAACGCGGCGGCCUGCAAAUUGGCCCUGGAGGUAGCCAAGGAGAAGAACGCCCUCGUGGCCGGCGGCAUUUCGCAGACGCCUUCUUACCUCACGGGUCGUCCCAAGGCAGAAAUCCAGGACGUGUUCCGCAAGCAGGUCGACGUUUUCGUCAAGAACAAGCUCGACUUCCUCAUCUGCGAGUACUUCGAACACGUUGAAGAGAUCGAGAUGGCCAUCGAGGUGUGCAAGGCGACGGGGCUUCCCGUGGUGGCCACCAUGUGCAUCGGACCCCUGGGAGACAUGCACGGUGUUUCUGCCGGCGAGUGCGCGGUGCGCAUGGUCAAAGCCGGUGCGCAUGUGGUGGGCAUCAACUGCCACUUCGACCCGUUCGUGGUGCUCGAGGGCGUGCAGCUCAUGAUCGACGCUGUGCGCGCUGCUGGGCUGAAAGCACACUUCAUCACGCAGCCGCUCGCGUACCAUACACCCGACGCCGGCAAGCAGGGAUUCAUCGACCUUCCGGAGUUCCCCUUUGCCUUGGAGCCCCGCGUGUGUACCCGCUGGGACAUCCAGCGGUAUGCGCGCGAGGCCUACGAGAAGGGCGUGCGCUACAUCGGCGGCUGCUGCGGCUUCGAGCCGUACCACGUGCGCGCCAUCGCCGAGGAGCUGUCGGCCGAGCGCGGCGACCAGCUGCCCGACGCCUCGCAGAAGCACGACCUCUGGGGCGAGGGUCUGCGCAUGCACACAAAACCCUGGGUGCGAGCACGGGCGUCGCGCGCCUAUUGGGAGAGCCUAAGGCCGUCCACGGGCCGACCUUUCUCGAGCGCCUUCUCGCAACCGGACAACUGGGGCGUCACGGCUGGCAACGAGGAGCUGAAGCAACAGAAAGAGGCCACGUCGAGCGAAGAGAUCAAGAAGCUGCAGAAACUGAAGAAGUGAACGCCGCCCACCCGCUCCCCCUAUUUUUUUAUUAUUCCACACCGCUGCUCAAUGCCAAAGCAGAAAUUAAUCACUGUCCUCCAUGAGGAGUAAAAUUUUUAAGAUCAAAUAAAAACGUUUUUACAGUGC